AGGACUUCCUCCUCUCCUAUGGAGCCAUGCGAGCUGAAAAGGCCUCUCUCUGGUACCGGCGAAUGUCCCUUGUCUACGCACUUGGCGCCUGGUCCCUGCUGGGCUCGGCGUUUUUCCUUUCACGGAAACAGAAAGUAUCAGACUGUGAAGAAGGUCAAGAGGAUGGCUCAAGGAAUGAAACACCUUUUUCUACAAGUGAAGACUCUGAUUUAGAAACGGAAACGGUCGAGCUUGGUGGAGGGUUUUAUGUGAAAUCAUUUUUAAAGUAUUCAGAAAAUUCUGUCCCAGCCACUCAAAGGUUCCUGACCUAUCUGAAGUCAUGGACUGGUGGGCCUGGCCCGCAAGCGUGAACAGCUGCUGAAUUCUGCAAACAAGGACUUGGCUCAGUAUUUGAUAGAUGCCUUGAUUUCCAUUUCAUGUAUUUAAUUUAAUUUAAUAAAAUAUAAGCAUUAAUAAUGUG